AUGACAUCAUCUCGACCCCGCGGCGAUGUUGGCGGCAGUUUUGCUAGCAGACGCGGACAUACCAGCCAACUGUCCAUUUCUGACCCGAGCCACCAUGUCACGGAAGCUAUUGGCACUUUGUAUGGAGAUGAGGACGAUGACGGAUCGGAGAGUGGUCGGCCCAUGAGUAUUAACCGACCGCUGAGCUUCAUCGGAGGCCCAACACCAUACCAAGAAUCACUUCCUCGACCGCCUCCCGAUGGACGAUUUCUAUCCGUUGAUACAAGAAGAGCGCUCAAGCGAACUGAUUCCGAAGGUUCCGCCAACGAAACGUCUCCCAUUAAUGGCGACUCACCCAAAAGACCUCAUCAGCUCUCCCCAAACCAGAGAAGCAACUCAUAUGAGCAAGGACCAAAAUCGCCGUUGUCUCCUACGCUCUCGCUCCGCGAUGUUCAAGCCGAUUCGCAAUUCUCUCUUACCAACAUUGAUAACCCCAAUGACAUUGCCCAGGAAUUGAGUAAUUUGCAAGCGCUCAGACGGUUGUCGAUGGACGUUGGAAAUAACAAGGACCCCGAUAUGCCACCCAUGUCUUUAAUGGCUAUGCCGACAAUAGCACCAAGCGGUGAUGACGAUGAAAAUGAUCCCUCGAGACUGCUCUGGGUACCUGCCAGAGUGCACCCCGAGCUUGCCCCUGGCGAGUUCAAAUCGUUCCUUGAAAACAGAGUCCAAUCCAUAAGACGGAGAUCUGGUGACUCAUUCCUAUCUGCCGAUACCGACAUAAGCGAAGGUGAUUCAGGAGUAGGGGGACUUAGACGAAAAAAGUCUAUGCUGUCUCGUCAAAUAGAUAAUUCUGGGGACCGCGGUUCUGUCGAUUACGUUGAUGGCGCCGAUCGACUGGAACGUAAACGCUCACGAGGCCAUAGCCAUGAGCUGAGCCUUGAAGAACUUGUUAAGGAUCCUACAAAAGCCGUUCAAAAGUUUGCUCAGGAAUCGCAAAUAGCACCGAGUGGACCUGAGAGCAGUGCAGACGAUAUGCCCAUCUUGCCGGCUGCCCCAGGGAUGGGUCUCCGUAGGUCAACCCGAACAACGUAUCGAAAGGGAGGCAGUCUACGCACCGGACCUCUUGCUCGCCGUUCUGGACAUCGUCAGCAACCUAGUGAGGACAUGACGUUUGCUCCUUUGGAAGCUCCACCGGGUCAUGGCCUUUCGCGUGUUCAGUCGGAGCCUGUGGCAGACAACUAUUCACGCCAGAAUCAAACCAAGAGAUCUGAGAAGCUCUCCCAAGAGUCUCUAGAUCAUUAUGACCACUAUGACGGAGCUUCACAAGGAUUCAACGAUAACGAGGCCAAUACCGCAGAUACGUUCCAAGAUCAGCUACCUAUUCGAUCAUCACCAAGCUUUCCUGCAACCCAGACCUCUUCUCAUCAGGAUGUGCAAGACCAGAAUCAGCAGAAGUUUCCCAAGCGAUCCUCUUCACAGAACGCAAAAUCUCAACCGGUAUCUCAUAGAAUUUCCGAACCCGAACCUCCAAUUGAGGAAGAGCCAAGUCGCGGCAGUCGAAAGAGCUUCAGUAGUCGCCAGAACGCGCAACAAGCCGCUUCGCAGCAGCAGACAUCUCGAUCUUCUUAUCCUCAAAGUCAAUCUAUAAGUGACAAUCUUGCCGCCAGUCCCUCACUCAUCCCCGGAAGUGGCUCGACGCGAACCGACAGCCUAACCAUUAUACCAACAUUUACGCAGGAGGAGCGGAAAUCCGACAAGAAGUCCAAGAAAGACAGGGAUGACGACGCGAGCUCCAGUAAAGGAAGCGCUUGGAAAUGGUUCAAGAGUACCAGUGAUGAAAAGGAGAAGAAGAAGGAGGAGAGCAAGAGAUCUAAGACCAAAUCGCUGGGUGAACGAGGACAGGACAACGCACGACUGGACGUCAUACAGACGUCAAUCGACAAAAACGCACCCAAAGGACGUGAAAGUCUCGUGCUCGAUCGUGAUAAUGUGGAAAGCAGACUGCAAGAGGAGCGCAAGAAGGAAAGCCACCGCAAGAGCGACUCAAAGCGGGACAAGGACGGCAGCAUUUUCUCAUCCAUCUUUGGCGGAAGUAAGAAGAAGGAAGAGAAAGAGCGGAGCUCUAAGAAGACACAACAUCUGAAGGUCCCUGAGGAGCCUGUAUACAAACCAUUGGUUCCUGAUGUCGACUACCAUUGGUCAAGGUUUCCUCUACUCGAAGAGAGAGCGAUCUAUCGAAUGGCUCACAUAAAACUGGCCAACCCACGUCGACCCCUACACAGUCAAGUCCUACUAAGCAACUUCAUGUAUAGCUACCUGGCUAUCGUUCAGGCCAUGCAUCCCCAAAUGAAUGUGCCCGUUUCGCCACAGCAAAAACGACUGGAGGAGGAAGCUCGACGGAAACAACAGGAACAGGAAUACUUGGCCCAACAGAGAAUGCAAGAAGAGCAGGAAGCUCAGGAAACCAUGGAUCAAUAUGACUUCGACUAUCACCGGGCUGCGGUGCAAUAUGGCGAGUCAGGUAGCGGAGAGGUUGAUUAUGUUGACGACGCUCAGAUUUAUGAGGAUGAGCACGGAAACGAUAACCACCAAGACUAUGGCUACGAUGACCCUGAAGGGUAUGGGCCGGGAGCCAAAGAAUACUAUCACCAGUAUCACGACAACGACGCUGGAAAUGAUCGCCGGCAUGAUGGGCGGGAGGACAUGUGGUGA